AUGGUGGCUGAAAUCCUGCUGUAUGGAGAUCACUUUAUAUUGGAACCAGUGCUAUAUGACGUAGAUGAGUGUACAGUUGAUGGCAGAACAGUUGCCAUCAAAAAAAUAAUGAACAAGACAUUUACACUCACCAAGGCCAUACGUAAAGAAGUCAAGCAAGUAAGAGAACUAGACCACCCCAACCUCUGCAAAUUCAUUGGAGGCUGCACUGAAGUGCCAAAUAUCGCCAUUGUCACAGAGUACUGUCCUAAAGGAAGUCUGAAUGAUGUGCUGCUGAAUGAAGACAUCCCUUUAAACUGGGGUUUCAGGCUUUCCUUUGCCACAGAUGUUGCCCAAGGAAUGGUAUAUCUUUAUCAGCACAGGAUUUAUCAUGGACGGCUGAAGUCCAACAACUGUGUCAUUGAUGACCGCUGGGUAUGUAAGAUUUCAGAUUAUGGUUUACAGUCCUACAGAAAAGAAGAUUCUUUGUUAGAUUCCAGAGACCCUCAUAAUCAUUUAAUGCAAAUAUAUUUGGCUCCAGAAGCUUAUUCUGUACCAAACUUUGAACCAACUCCAGCUGCAGAUGUGUACAGUUAUGGCAUCAUUUUAUUAGAAAUAGCAACAAGAAGUGAUGCAACACUGAGGGAUGAUACACAUUUGGAAGAAUAUUCUUUGUGCCCCCCUUUGGCAGAAUUAGUAUCAAACGAAUCUGAGAAUGCCUGUCCGUGCCCUAUAGAAUAUGCCGAGCUGAUCCAGACCUGCCGAAAAAGCAAUCCAACCCACAGGCCUACCUUUGAGCAAGUCAAGAAGUUGUUGUAUAAAAUGAAUCCGAAUAAAGUUAGUCCAGUUGACAUGAUGAUGACGUUGAUGGAGAAAUACAGUAAACACCUGGAAGUCUUAGUAGCAGAAAGGACGCAGGACUUAACACAUGAAAAACAGAAGACAGAUCGUUUGUUGUACAGCAUGUUGCCUAAACAGGUAGCAGAUGAUUUAAGGCAAGGGAAACCAUCACAGGCCCAAAGUUACAUGAGCUCCACCAUCUUUUUCAGUGACAUUGUUGGCUUUACCCAUCUCUCCAGCACUAGUACACCUUACCAAGUAGUUGACUUCUUAAACAAACUCUACACCACCUUUGAUGAAAUCAUAGAUAAUUACGAUGUCUACAAAGUGGAAACAAUAGGAGAUGCCUACAUGGUUGUGUCGGGAGUGCCCCGAGAGAAUGGUAUUCGCCAUGCCAGUGAAAUUGCAAGUAUGGCUCUGGACCUUAUCUCAGUGUGCAAAACAUUUAGGAUUCCACACAAGCCCGAUACCCAGCUAAACAUCCGAGCAGGAAUACACUCAGGACCAGUUGUAGCAGGAGUGGUUGGAACAAAAAUGCCCCGUUAUUGCUUAUUUGGGGAUACUGUCAACACAGCUUCUAGAAUGGAGUCCACCAGUGAAGCUCUCAAAAUACAGUGCAGUUCAAACACAUACCAGCUGCUGGAACAGAUUGGAGAAUAUAUAUUGGUGUGCCGAGGGAAUUUGCAAGUCAAGGGGAAAGGUGACAUGAUAACAUACUGGUUAGAAGGAAAGAAGCCCAGUACAGUUCAAAAGAAGACUCCCAGCCCUUCCACUGCCUCUCAAACUCCUAAACAAAGUGUCUUCAGUAUUAUCCCUGGUGCCGUAUAG